AGAAUGCUUUCAAAUAAAACCAAUCAUCAAACAAAUGACGGGAAAAAUUUGAUUACCUCAGAAUCCAAUCCUGAACAGACUUCUUCGCUUGACGAGCCUGAUACCCUUCAACAUUCUCAAUCUGAUACUUUUAUUAACUACAAACCUCCAAGGCUUCGUUGUGGUCUGGAACAUCCAGAUGAAGUUGUUGAGACUCUUUCGCUAAGCAGUGUUUCAUCCCCUGAGAUACGCUAUACUUUGGCUAUUUCUGAUGAAUUGAUUGAUUCUGGCAAGAUUUCUGCCCUUCAACUCGAAGCAGUCCUUUAUGCAUGUCAAGCACACGAAAGAUUUUUACCUUCUGGAGAACGCUGCGGAUAUUUAAUUGGAGACGGAGCAGGUGUCGGAAAAGGCCGAACAAUAGCCACAAUAAUUUUUGAAAAUUUUUUGAGAGGACGUCGAAAAGCAAUUUGGGUCAGCGUCUCUUCCGACUUGAAAUUUGACUCUGAACGGGACAUGCGAGAUAUUGGAGCGUCCAAAAUUCCAAUCCAUGCACUAAAUAAAAUGAAAUAUUCAAAAAUCAAUCAUCCAGAAAAUGGGUCAGUAAAUAAAGGAAUCAUUUUUGCAACCUAUUCUUCUCUAAUUGGUGAAAGCAAAAAUCAAAAAGGUGCUGAAUACAAUACACGUCUUAAACAAAUUGUUCAAUGGUGUGGAAGGGAUUUUGAAGGUGUUGUGGUCUUUGAUGAAUGCCACAGAGCAAAAAACCUUUGUCCUUCAGCGGGUACUCGUUCAACAAAAACGGGAAGAGUUGUGUUGGAAUUGCAACAAGCUCUGCCUACGGCGAGGAUUGUUUAUGCAUCCGCAACGGGGGCUACAGAACCAAGAAAUAUGGCUUAUAUGACCCGUCUCGGACUUUGGGGUCCAGGAUUGACAUUCGGAACAUUUGGAGAAUUUAUUCAUUCUGUAGAAAACCGAGGUGUUGGGGCAAUGGAAAUGGUGGCUAUGGACAUUAAAUUACGCGGUCUUUACCUUUCAAGACAAUUAUCGUUUAGAGGGGCUGAUUUUUAUGUGGAAGAAAUUCCGUUAUCUCGUGAUUUUAUCAAUGUGUAUGACGAAUCUGCUAAAUUAUGGAUGGAGUGUAGACGUCAAUUUGCGAAAGCAUUAAACCAAAUUCCCGACUCCAGCGCUGGACGCCAAAAUAUUUGGGCACGUUUUUGGGGUGCACAUCAACGCUUCUUCAAAUAUUUGUGUAUUUCUGCUAAAGUGGAUGCUUGUGUUCGUAUAUCCUUACAAGCAAUAAAAGAUGGAAAAUGUGUUGUUAUUGGACUUCAAUCAACUGGGGAAUCACAUAUUUUGGAUUUUUUGGAAGAAAAUGGGGAAGUUACUGAAUUUGUUAGUACAGCCAAAUCUGUUUUACAAUCUCUGGUUGAAAAUCAUUUUCCAACACAUAAUGAUAGUAGUGCUAUUGAUGAUUUUCAAAGGAUGUUUUUGUGCAGUUCUAGACAUAGGAAAAGAAAAAGAAGCUCAAAUUUUACGGGAGGCGAUUAUUCAGAAGAAUAUGGGCAUAAAAGAUCAAAAUCUGGCCUAUCUUUAAUUCAAAGCGAAUUAAGUGAAAGAUUAACUGCUGAACGUGAAAGUGGUGGAAAUAGUGAAUAUGAGGAUGGGGAAAAUAGUGAUUAUGAAGAUGAAGAUGAUUAUAGUGAAGUUAAUACGUCUGGGAGUGGAGAGGAAAAAGAUGAGGAUGAAGAAAGUGAUGAAGCUAAUUCUGAAUUUUCUGAAUCUGACGGAGAGGAUGAGGAUGUUGAUAGCGAUGAAGAAGAGCUUGAACGUCUUGUUUGUUCAGAUUCAAAGAAACCAGCAAAGAAGACGAUUUCUAACGAUGAAGAAAUAAAUCCAUUUUCUGUAAAUUUGGGAGAAGAGGACCCAUGGGCUGAUGUUCAAGGUACUUCAGAAGAUACUACACCUCUUCCAGAAAUUGAGAAUAUCCCGAAAAUUCCAAAAAAGAAGAAGAAAGCAAAGAAGCACAAAAAGUCUUCAGAAUUUGUUAAAAAGCAUAUACCUUUGUUGAAACCUGAAAUAUCUAAUGUGACGGUUUGUAAUUUUUUUGGAUAAAUUCUCUUUGGAGCAAUAGUAUCG